CAUCACAAAAAACUCACUAGAAGAUGAAUUUGAGGAAGCAAUGAGCUCGAGUUUCGAUCAGAUGAUUAUUCCCCCCCAUGUCGUUUUUUGUAGGCAAUAUGCAAAAACACACAGAAGCGCAGACCAGAGAGCACACCCGUUUCCUCAAGACCGCCCUCAAAUAAGUCGCCUAUUCUUCCCAUAGCCGCCACCCACUGUAUAAAAGGUAGAAGUUUCAGGCAAGAACGCCAAGCUUCGCUUUGAAGGAUUUAGAGAUAGUGGCAUUAGGUGCGGAGCUAUCGUGGUUCAUUGAUCUGUCUGUUGAUCAGCUAUGGGAAGCUCUUGACAAAUGAUAAGGUUAUACUUUGUAUGCGGCCGCAAAAUGUGACGAAUACUACGCAGAUAAAAAAAAUAUACAUUAUAUAUUUUUUAAACACAUGUAGUUUAAAGAAAUAUGUUUCUGUAAAACAUUUAUUCAUAUCACAAUGCAGCGGUAAACUUACUCCUUCGAAGCUUCAACACUUAGUUUGAACAAGAUGGAAGUUAUCACACCAUAAACGUUCUGCGGUGACUGACGAGAUGGGAAAAUGGGAGAUAUCAAUGAACCCAGUGCAGGAGUGGGGUGAGGAGUUUGAGGAGGGGGCGUUGUAUGGGAUCACCUUGCGUCGGGAGCCCGUCCAGAUACCAGCCAGCCCCACCGAGGCCCGGCCAUGCGUUGCCUUCGUCCAGUACCGGACCUGCAAGGUGCGCAGGCUGAAGGCAGCCACCCUGAACCGGCUGGUGAGCCACCUCCUGGACCCCUGCUGCCAGGAGCCCGACUACAGACGGAUCUUCCUGUCCACCUACCAGACCUUCACCACUACCAGUGCACUCAUAGAGCUGCUCUUCCAGAGGGACAAAGUAGCUUUAGAUGUGGACAACAGUGAAUGUCACAGGAGGCAUCUGUUGCCCCUGAUCCAGACUUGGUUGGAGGAGUACAGUGACGACUUCCGGGAUCCUCCUCAGCACCCCUCCCUAAGGCUGCUGUUGGACCACCUUCACUGCCUGUCCUCCUUCUGUUCACUGGCCCAGCGCUCUGAAACUCUGCUUAAGAAGUUCCAGAGAGAAGAAAUGGAUACUGGUGGCCAUUCUGCCCAGGCUAAGGUGAAUCAGGAAGACGAGGGCUCAGGGGAGGAAGUCCCAGAAUGGGACAGCCCACUGGAUCAGGGUGACAUCAUGGACUUCUCAGUCACAGGCAUUGCAGAACAGCUCACCCGACUGGAUGCUGGGCUGUUUGGGAAGGUGGUUCCCUACCAGUGUCUGGGCUGUGUGUGGUCCCAGAGAGACAAGAAGGAGAACCUGUCUGCCACAGUCAGCGCCACCAUCGCCCAGUUUAACGCAGUCACCAACCGGGUCAUCACCUCCCUGCUCUGCCGAUCCACCACCUCCGGCCCCCUUUCCGUCCGCAGGGCCUCCAGCCCAGCUCAGAGGGCCUGCGUCAUUGAGAAGUGGAUCAGAGUAGGACAGGAGUGUCGGCAGCUGAAGAAUUUCUCCUCUUUGAGGGCCAUCCUGUCUGCCCUUCAGUCCAAUGCUGUCUACAGGCUGAGGAAGACUUGGGCUGCUGUGUGUAGGGACAGCAUGGCCAUCUUUGAUAACCUCUGUGAAACCUUCCCAGAUGAGAACUGUGUGUUGAGCAACAGAGAGAUCCUUGUGGAGGAUGGAAGCCAACCAGCCAUGGAUAACAUUUCUCCCAAGAUAUCCAAGGAUUGUCCUAUUGCCAGACAGAUGAGCACCUCCAGUGGGGUGGUUCCUUACCUGGGCACGUACCUGACUAUCUUCACCAUGCUGGACACUGCUCUACCAGAUACUGUGGAGGGGGACCUCAUAAACUUUGAAAAGAGGAGGAGGGAGUUUGAGAUUCUCUCUCAGAUCCGGCAGCUCCAAGCCUCCUGCUCUCAAUACAACCUGCCCCAUCACACCAGGAUCACUGCCUGGUUACAGGGCCAGAAGCUGCUCACGGACCAGGAGAGCUAUGAACUGUCCAGAAACCUGGAACCUCCAGUAGACCUCUGCUCCGCCAGUGCCUGGAGCCACCGUUCCCUCAGCAAGAAACUCUCCUCACUCCUGAAAGUGAGUGAGGGACCCAGCAGCAAAACCCAUGCAGACCAGAUCAGUGUGUCAUCUUCAGGGUCCAGUGGCUCUGAGAUGGAGGACCUCUCCACCCCUCCCUCCACACUCAGACUGCAGUCUCUGUCCAGCUCCUGUCAAAAUGUGGUGGAGGCCUUAACCUCCUCCCCGGAAGGCUCCACUCCCUCCAGUUGUCCCUCCAAUUGUUCCUCCAGUUCUCAGCCUGACCUCUCUGCCCCUGCUCCUGUGGCUGCCCACCCUAAACCCAUGCUGGCCUCUCAUCACAAGCGCUCUGUGUCCAUGACCUCCCUCCCGCUCUACAACAGACAGGUGGCUGACUCCUGUAUAGUGAGGGUCAGUGUGGAGGCUGGCAACGGCAACAUGUACAAGAGCAUCCUGCUGACUAGUCAAGAAAAAACUGCCCAGGUGAUCCAGAGGGCCCUGGAAAAACACAACCUGGAGCACAUGACCUGCCAAGACUUCACCCUCACACAGGUGAUCUCCCGGGAAAGAGAGUUACUCAUUCCGGACAAAGCUAACGUCUUCUACGCAAUGUCCACGUCUGCGAACUUUGACUUUGUUCUGCGCCAGUGUCCAAAGGGUCAAAAGAAACCACUGUGCGCUACUUCCAGCCUUGGAUGUUAUUCAAAGUAGACGCCAUUCUAUGGCAAUGAUGAGUAACUGCAACUCGAGCAAACCAAGGGGUGCCAUGAGAGCAACAGGUGGAAGAUAGUACUGUAUGAUGGCACUUUAUGAAAAUACACGUUGUGUAUACAUGUAUAUAGGUCUGAAGACAACAGCUUUGGGACUACAUUUUGAAACCUAUUAAACAGAAUUACCUUUUAUUUAUUGGUGGAGCGAACUCUACAUGAAUUUCACCAUUGAACACUCAACAUUCCCCAAAGACUUCCCUGAGGUGCUUUACUUCGUGGAAAGAAGGAGUCACAUGGCAUUGGAACAGCAUCAACAAUCAGCAGUGACUGUGAUGCUCUCUCCCUCUCUCACACAAAUAUUCAGACACGUAAUAGUUGUUUCCUAUUGUCUCCUCUCCUCUGAGCAAAACCAGUGACCUAUUUGUUUUAAUGAGAGAGAUGACUGACGUUUCCCAACAGGGAGAGACAACCUGUGAGCCUUAAAAGGGAAUGAGGUCAGAUGGUCGGUGAAGGGCAUGUGUAAUGGACAGGCCUCGGACAGCAGCUUUCCCAACAGGAGACAGCCUGCCCCUGCCACCUGAGAAGUGGAUGGGAAUGUUCUCACCGGGAUCACUAUGUUCCCCAGGGUAUCAGCCCGCCGUCAUGGCGAUACUGAUUGGGGCCUUGCGUGCGAAAGUAGUGGCUGCCCUGACUGGCUGGAUGGCAUUCCACAUUCAGUACAGUCAGCUGCUGUAGAGGGGACACUGACGAACCUUUAAGGACACAGACUGUCACAGUUAUAAUGAUGGUGAUAAUAAUGUGUGCGUUGUAAAUGGUUCUGUGUUGCAUUUCAGUGUUAAUACUUUGAGAUUUAUGUUAUUUUUACAUUGUUUUCUAUUUAUGUCUAUAAUGCUCUUGAUGAUUAGGUGGGCCUCCAUGACUGUGUUGCCUAGCUACCCAAACUCCUUACUCCGGCCAAACGGCACGCCCACGGACGUUAGUUUCUUCUCCGCAAUGAGUCUGGAUCUGAGUAACUCCCCAACGAUUUCUAGAAUGGAAAUCCAUUCUAGACCAUCUGAUUGGUCCAAGAAACCGAUGGGUUGGGCCAGAGCACACGUGGGUAACGCGGCAUUUAGAAAAUUAGUUAUUGGCUUUGAUACGCUGAUGGGUUAGAGAUGAUCCAACCACUGAUGACAUUUGUUUUGUACAACACCCCUCAUUUUGUCACCACAAAUGACUUCAAUGAUGGCAGUCUCAGACUGUAGUAUGUUGCGAACGAUAGAGCAGCGAAAUAAUUCAGUUUGAGUCAUCAGGCAAGGCUGUGUGCAUUCAUUAGCCCUAAUCUAUGGAGUUCACAUGACUGGGCAGGGGCGCAGCCAUCGGUGGGCCUGGGAGGGCAUAGGCCCAC